AUGACGUUCAAUAAAUUUUUAGGGUUUCUUGAUAUCUUGAAGACAUCGACCAAGAUUAUGUCAAAAAAUGGCAAACUUGUGGCUAUGGUAACCUCAAUCUACCUCAUCAUCUCUAAUCUUUUCUUCUUCUUGAACAUUUCUACCAUCAAACCAAUCAUAUCCGAUUUCGUCACAAAAGCUACCGAGUUACCGUAUCUAGAUCCACAAGGCCCUUUUUACUAUCAAGUUCUAGAUACUAUCCAGAAAGAUGUCAAAACCCUCUUACGUGUCGAACUAGCUUUCAUUCUAGCCUUCUUUAUAACAUCUAUGUUUGUCCAAGUGGCAAUUAUUUUACUAACCGGAAUUUCUUACAAAGAUGAGAAAAUCUUUCCUAAAGAUUUGAUCACAAGGGUUCUACAAGCAUUGACAAGGCUAUUCAUCACUUGUUUUCACAUAACACUUAUGAAAGUCGGGUUUUUGAUCUUUGGUUUCAUGGCGUUAAUCUUUCUUACCGUUAUGAUUCCUAUGCACAAGAUUGUGUUAGCAGUGACAAUAUGGGUGCUAGUGAUUCUUGUUUCAAUCCUCUUUCUAUACUUUUCGAUUGUCUGGGUUCUAUCCUUGGUGGUUUCGGUGUUAGAAGAAUGUUCUGGACUUGAGGCGUUAGGAAAAGCCGAGAGACUUGUUAAGGGGAAGAAGUUAGAAGGAUUUCUUGUCUUCCUUUUGCCUACUCUUCUAUCAUUUGUUUUCUUUCAAUUGUCAACAAAGAUGAACGUGGUUGAACAAUCUGAGUUGACUCGAGCAAUCCUUGAGUUCUUUUUGACGAGUUGUAUGUGUUUGUUAGGCAUCUUCGUAUUUCAGGCAUACACAGUUCUAUACUUCGAGUGCAAGAGGAAUCAUGGUGAAGAGAUUGAGCUACAAGGGAGUGUCGAAUACGGUAGAAUAUCACUUGAUGAAGAUCUACCUUAA